CUUUGCAGUCGCACUGUAGUAAAGGCUAUGAAAGAGCGACAUGAUUCUCAAGGUGCUCAUCAUUGGACUUCUGGCUCUCUCGCCGCAUCGGUCAAAGCUGGCUGUCGUGUCUGUUCCACUGUUUGGGAACAAAGAAGGGGACUGAAACGCGAUUUUUAUGGUUUGGAAGCCAACAACAUCAUUCGAAGCUUCUAUCCUAGGAUUCACCAUCAUUUCCGAGGAACCUAGAGGAGAAUAUUCCGCAGCAAGAUGUAGUUUCAAGCUGGCUUCAUUGGAAGCUAGUGACAUUGCAUCUCAACCCUUGUCCAAUAACACGGGAUCGCACACCUCUUUGCAACAAGUCUCUCAGUGGCGACAGAUUUGUAAGACAAACCACGCCCACUGUCGCAAUAAACGUCCUACAGACGUAGCAUUCAAGCCUAGUAGACUUUUGUUUCUCCAGUCCGAAGGGGAGAGUAUCCGAGUGCGGCUACAUUGUUCAACAGAACAACUUCCAGCCGUUCCAUACACGACCCUGAGUCACUGCUGGGGCGGAGGCAGUCCACUGCGACUCGUAAAAACAUCACUUUCCGCGUUUCAGCAAAACAUUGACACAAAAAAGUUACCAAAGACUUUUCUACAAGCUGCACAAUUGGCAAACUACUUGGGCUGUUCAUAUCUGUGGAUCGACUCCUUAUGCAUCAUACAGGACGACUGGGAUGAUUGGCUAUGAGAAGCGGCUCUAAUGGGCAAUGUGUAUAAGAAUUCCAUCUGUAACAUUGCCGCAACCGAUGGCAAAGAUUCUUCCCAA